CCAACAAUUACCACGUGUGAUAUUUGAUCUCAUAAGGCAGUCUCUGCCUCGCGUUUGAAAAAUGAUUAUUCCCCGAGUCGUUGACACGUAUGGCGAUGAAACGGGGCCAUACUCAGUCUUCCUUGAUUUUGGCAACAGUCAAGGAAUUUACCAAAAAGCGGUGAGGCAGAUUGAGGCGCAACAUCCGGAAAGAUCCAGGUGCUGUACUCCGUACGAUAAUUUAUUUCAGUACUAUAUAAAUCUCCGCGCAUAGAAGAGGGGCAUCGGCAAAUGAGCAAAUGGGAUGAAAUCGUUUUAUUAAAGCAAGAGUUAUGGUUUGACAUAAAGGGGAGCCAGCCUUGUCUGACAGCUCAGUCGUGCAGAGCAGCUUGCCUCGAGGCUGACAGUUGAGACGUUAUGAGUAGUCAUGUUCCGCCCACCAGUCCGAC